AUGUUUGCCCAACACGUUAAUUUCUUUACCACUAAUAAUAAUAAUAAUAACAACAAUGACACUGAUUUCUUAAGCCAUGAGGAUGCCAUGCAUGGUUGGAAUGAAUACCAAGCAGCACAACGACAACAAUUCACCUCAUCUGUUGCUUCAGUUGGCUCUGAAGUAAUGGAUGAAUUUGCCACUUUAUUUAAAACCAUGGAUGAAUUCAUCUUUCCAGUAGUAGUUGAAAAGGUUGGAUUGGAAGAACAUCUCCCUGCAGCUGAAGAUCAACAAAUGAUGUCCUUGGAUGACAUUUAUCAACAAUUGAGAAAUUCUGCUCUUUCCCCAACAAGCUCAACCUCUUCUGCUUCCUAUCAAAGUCAGGAUGUGAUUAGCACUGGUGCUGCUAGUUCUAGUAGUAACAAAGAAAGCACCUUUGAUCAAUCCACAUUCGUCCAAAAGAAGAAGAAGAGCAGUAAGAAGGCAAAGCAAGACGAAGAAAAGACAGUGAACAAGAGAGCCAAGAAGAAUAGUGCUGAUGAUUGGCAGUACACCAAAUUCUCUGAAAGCAAUUCCUACUUGGAAAUUAACACCAACACACCUGAAGUCACCAUUGCUUUUGAAGUUUACCAGACAAAAAGAAGACAAACUGUUGCUUUAAAGUCUGAUAAAGAUACAAUGACAAGGGUUUGUGAAAUCUCGUUCCAAAUAUCAAACUUGGAUACCACCAAGACAAAUUAUGUAUCACUGAAGAAGCGUUUCGAUAAGGAGGCAAUCUAUGGCAAUGCAAAGCCAACCAAGCUCUCCACCUGGAUUAGAUUGAAGGGUACUGAAGAGUAUCUUUUCUUCUACUGCCAAACAGGUAAAUCUUGUGGUGUACAUAAUGUUGUUAACUAUGAAUUUGGAAAAUUAGAAACCAGAUCCACUCAUCUUUCAAAAUACUCCACCAAGUGUUCAAACGGUUUUCACAUCAUUAGGUCCAAAACAGACUAA